AUGUCGCAGGAGCAACAACAGGAGCAGCAACAGGAGGAGGAAGAAGAGGAGGACGACUUUGAGGACGAGAGAGUGCUCUUGGUUGAUUUUCGAGAGGAAGAGGAAGAGGAGAAGAGCGAUAAAAGAAGAAUGGAUGAAGUGGUCGUUUUUGGGAAGAGCUCUUCUUCUUCUUCUUCUUCUUCUUGUAACGAUGAUGAUGAUGAUGAUGAUGAUGAUGAUGAUGAUGAUGAUAACAUCAAAACGCACCGUUGGCGAGGCAAGUCUCCUUUGCGCGAUAAAUCCUCCCUGAAACAUUUCAUGGAGAUUUUAUUGCGCUGGAUAAAAGAAGAAGGAGAAGUUGAGCGUCGUAAACAAACUAAAAAAAUUGUACUUUUGGCGGGAGGUGAUGGAUGUUCUGGAGUCAAACUCUUGCGAGUGUUUCAACUGUGUUUAAGUUUACUGCGACGACGACGACGUCGAAAACAACAUCUUCAAAAAACGACGACGACGAUAGCGAUGAUUAUCGAACACGAGAAGUUAGUUCCGGUGAUGAAAACGAACGGAAACAGACAGGACUGGUUGAGAGUGAGGAAUACUCAUAGCGGCGACGGUUUUGACGCGUUUGAGUGGGGAUGCGGUAUCGCAAGCGAGAAAGUAGGAUGGCGAGCAGAGGUGAAACGGUUGGCGAAAACGUUCGCGGAAAACAGUGGGAUGACGUUUCAAGAAGAUGAAACCGCGAUGACGAUGGUAUCUUCUUCGUCGUCUCACUUUUUUCGAGCGGCAGACGACGAGGAAGACGAGGAGGAGGAGGACACUCGAGAUUACUUUCCAUCCGUGCACUUACGAGUCAGAGAGCAGCUCUUGGAAGUUUCGAACGAUAUCUCGAACCUAUUUCGCGAUAACCGAGAGAAGUAUAGAAGCGACGACGAUGGUAGUAAUUCUUUCGUCGUUGUCAAAUCGACGAGAGAACGCUACGAUGAUUUCAAAAGAUGGCAUUACGUGACUUCUCUUCCAACUCUUCACGGCGUGUAUUUAGAAGUCGUCGGUAAAGCAGACGACGACAAGGAUGACGACGAAAGAAAUCUGAUUGGAUACGCGAGCUUUCACACGGAGCAAGCGCCGCCGCAGUUUGAAAACGUCGUCGAUAAUCUGAACGCCUCAAAAGUGCAACGAUUUUGCGUCGUGAAUCGGUUAGUUGUGAACCCAAAGUUCCGCGGGAAAGGCGUCAAAGAACUCUUGUUGAGAGCCGGGUGCGAUUUGUACCACGCAAAAGGUAUCCCGUGUCGAAUAACUACAUCGGCGUAUACUGCAAAAGUGAGUUUGGACGCGUGCAAACUGCUCGCGUUCGAAAGGUUUAAAUCGAGAAAAGAUACCGGGAAAGAGCGAUCGAGCGGCAAACGCAAAAUUGUAGUGAACGUUCCAACAUCCACUCAAAAAUGCAAAGAAGCAGACGAUGACAACGACGAGAAGAAGGAGAGGGAAGUCAAGAGAGACGUUCUGAGAACGUUAAACGCACUCACGCCGGACUCGUGCGCAAAGCUAACGCCAAAGCUUCGAGAAACCUUCGACGCGCUUUCUGAAAACGACCUAACGUACGUCUCUGGGUAUGUAAUAUCUUUAGCGAGACUCGCGCCUCAGCUUCGGAAGCUUUUGGCGGAUGCUGUUUUAGGCACUCGACUUGAAAAUCUCGUUCGCAAAGACGCGCAAAAAGAAAUCGAAAAACUUUCCACCUCUUCUUCUUUUCAUCUCAGCGAAGAAGAAGUCUCGGCGCGAGUGCGAUUUUUGAACGCGUUCGUGAGCGAAAUGAAUUCCGAGAAGAAUGCUGCUCGCUAUUUGGGCGCCAAAGAUUCUGCUUUAGCUAUGACCAGGCAAGACGUGUUUACCGCGGCGAAAAGAGACAUGAGCGCUUUACGCAUUGUCGAGGAAGAUUCGAAUAUAUUCGCAGAGGUAAAACGAGGUCAACGCUCGGGAUGGAGUUACAUCUAUAUCGGCAAUCCCAUUUAUUUCUAG